UUUUACAACAAACACAAUUCCCAGCAGAAAUCCAAAUCAUCAUCAAUCGAGUCUUCUUCUUCUUCUUCGUCGUCGUCUUCUCUUUCAUAUACUCCAUCUCUUUCGUCUCAUACAGAAUCUCGAACCUGGACACACCAAGUGUUUCCGAGCUUCCGCGGGGAAGACGUACGGAAAGGGUUUACGCAUGAACGUACAUGUCCCAAAACCAAAGAAGUACUCUCUCACUUUUUUUGGAUACCAAACCAUUUAAUCAAUGACUUGAUUACGCAAUGGUGUCUUGUUAACAAAGUUGAUCGGCUAAAACGUCCCUCUGGUGAGAUAGUUACUGAGCUGUUCACUACUGACAUAGAAGCACUGCUUCAGCGUGUUUACUCUUCUUCCUCGGUUACGGAUCAGAUUGAAGCUGCGAAAGAGCUUCGCCGUCAGACCAAGAAAUUUGCAAAUGUUCGUGUCUUCUUUGUCGCUGGGAUCAAUGAUUCGAUCACAAGGUUGCUUAGUCCGCUCUCUGGUUUGAGCGAGGGAGUGGACUUGAACCCCGAGCUUCAGGAGGAUAUUGUCACAUCGUUGUUCAACCUCUCGAUUCUUGAGAAGAAUAAAACAGUAAUUGCUGAGAACAUUCUAGUGAUCCCUCUGCUUACAAAGUGUUUGAAACAGGGGACAGCUGAGACACGAAGAAACGCUGCAGCGACGUUAUCGUCACUUUCAGCUAUUGAUUCUAACAAGAUCGUUAUUGGGAACUCUGAAGCAGUCAAGGCGCUGGUUGAUCUUAUCGAAGCAGGUGAUGUGUUAGCUACAAGAGAAGCUACUUCCACUGUGUUUAACCUCUGUAUUGAAUCGGAGAACAAGGAAAAAGUGGUUUCAGCGGGUCUGAUUCGUGCGGCAACGAAAAAGAUCAAAGCGGGAAGCAAUGUGGAUGAGUUGUUAUCUCUCUUGGCGUUCGUUUCUACACACACCGGGGCUAUUGCGGAAAUGGAUCAUCUAGGGUUUAUCUAUGAUCUGUUCAGUAUCUUGAGGAAACCGAGUAGCUUGCUGAAUGGUGAGAACGCUGUAGUGAUCGUCUUCAACAUGUGUGAUAGAAACAGAGACAGGUUCAGACUGAAAGUGGUGGGAGAAGAGGAGAAUCAAUACGGGACAUUUACGAAACUUGCGAAGCAAGGAUCAGUUCGUGCAGUGAGAAAAGCGCAAGGGAUUUUACAGUGGAUUAAGAGAUUCGUUACUGGUAAAGAGCCACAGAGGGCAUGAAGGAAGGAAUCAGGUCUUGUUAAUACGUAAAUAGUUUUGCAAACUUAACUCUUCUUACCUUACCGAUCCAAAAAUUAAUAGUAAAUAAUCACAGAAAGUGUAGAAGUUAAAAGAUAGAAGGAAAAGGUGUAUAGUCUCUCUUGAGUUUUGCUACUCUUAAUUGACUUUCUGAUUGAAGAUCGUGAAUUCAGGAUUUAAAAAGCAGAUUUUGGUCUUUUUGUAGUGAAAUGUCAUAACGUUAGUAAGUACAUAUGUCGAAUACAGGUCAACUGAAUGGGUGGCUUAGGAAUGUAAGUAACAACACACGGCG